CAACACUGGAUGUUAGCCGUAAAGCGAGAAGAAGAAGCAACAUUACUAGGCAUUUUUGAUUUGGAUUUGGGAAAAAACAAAAGAAAAGUCGGCCUUAACUGUGACAUUAGCAAAUUAAGAGUUGUACAUCAUGACCAACGCAACGGAUAUCGGUGCUCACGACGUAGAGAUGGAGGUGGAUCCUACCGCUGAGACGCUAGCGGAUGAGAAGAAAAACCAAGACGUAGCCGCAGUGCAAGAGAUUCGUGAACAGAUCCGUCAGAUUGAGAAGGGGGUGGCUUCCAAGGAGUCGCGAUUUAUUUUACGCGUUCUUCGUAAUUUGCCCAACACUCGUCGCAAGUUAAACGGCGUCGUAUUCAGAAAUCUGGCCCAAAGUAUUUACCCAGCUGGUUCGGAUCGUGAGGCUGCUGUUGCUUUAAUGCCCGCCGUGGAAAAGGACGCAACCGAGUUGCCUGAUGUGCCCAAGAAGCAAGUAGCCAGCAAGGCUCCAAUUGCCGAGGUGGAUGCCUACUUCUACCUACUCCUGCUGGUCAAGUUGAUCGACGCCAGUGAUUUGAAGCGCGCCGGAACUUGCGCUGACUCUUUAAUGGCCAAAAUCUCUAUCCAGAACCGCCGCACCCUAGAUUUGAUUGGUGCUAAAUCCUACUUCUACUUCUCGCGAGUUGCGGAGCUGAAGGACUCUCUGGAGGGUAUUCGCGCUUUCCUGCACGCCCGUCUGCGAACUGCCACGCUUCGGAAUGAUUUUGAAGGACAAGCUGUGCUUAUCAACUGUCUACUGCGAAACUAUUUGCACUAUGCUCUUUAUGACCAGGCCGACAAGUUGGUCAAGAAGUCUGUGUACCCGGAGUCCGCCAGCAAUAAUGAGUGGGCACGCUUUCUUUACUAUUUGGGACGCAUCAAGGCCGCCAAACUGGAGUACAGCGACGCCCACAAGCAUUUGGUUCAGGCUCUGCGCAAAUCUCCACAGCACGCGGCCAUAGGCUUUCGCCAGACGGUACAAAAGCUAAUCAUCGUGGUAGAGCUGUUGCUUGGCAACAUCCCUGAGCGCGUUGUGUUCCGGCAGGCCGGUUUGCGUCAGUCCCUGGGCGCCUACUUCCAGCUCACGCAGGCCGUGCGUCUGGGCAAUCUGAAACGGUUUGGAGACGUUGUGUCGCAAUUUGGUCCAAAGUUCCAGCUGGACCACACUUUUACUCUGAUUAUCAGGCUGCGCCACAAUGUGAUUAAGACGGCCAUCCGUUCUAUUGGUCUGUCGUACUCGCGCAUUUCGCCACAGGAUAUUGCCAAGCGGUUAAUGCUGGACUCUGCUGAGGAUGCAGAGUUCAUCGUUUCGAAGGCUAUAAGGGAUGGAGUCAUUGAGGCCACGCUGGACCCGGCACAGAACUACAUGCGCAGCAAGGAGAGCACUGACAUCUACAGCACCAGGGAGCCACAGCUGGCUUUCCACGAGCGUAUUUCGUUCUGCCUAAACCUGCACAAUCAGAGUGUCAAGGCUAUGCGCUAUCCCCCAAAGUCCUACGGUAAGGAUCUGGAGAGCGCUGAAGAGCGUCGUGAGCGCGAGCAACAGGACCUUGAGUUGGCCAAGGAAAUGGCGGAGGAUGAUGAGGAUGGUUUCUAAGCCCUUUCUGCAGAAAUUCUAUUUGUACUUGCAUUCAUUUUCAUAGAAACAUAAUCCGCAAUUAAAUAAGUUAUAAAAUUUAAA